GGAAGAUCAACAGCCCGAUAAUUAUACACCAGUUAAUGCCAACAACCAGGAACAUAAAUAAGCCCCACAAGUAAGAGUGUGGGACAUGAGCUAUUGAACAGUGGGACCAACCAUGGAAUGAAGCCACGCCCCUCGGAUCUUCCUCCAUGUGGGGAAGUUCACCGGGUAAUCCAUAUAAGCAGCAAGAAACAGGAGCACAUUGAGACCUCAACACAACACAACUAACCCCGCUAAGCAACUAGCAUACAGUAUGAUCGUGCGCGAACUACCCGCGCCGGCCCAUGGGGCCUCGAUUCCCGAUAUUACCGCCAUCGGCCCGGAGCAAGAGUCGGUCGCAUCGUGGAGGAAGCGAUGCAAUAUUGACACCGGGAAGCAGAUCCGACUGGUGAAACUGUCGCACAUGCGGUACCAGCAUCCGGACUUGAAUGAGAUCACGGUGUUUUUGCAGGACUUUGGGAUGGAGGUGGUGAAGAAGACGGACGAUCGGAUUUGGUACCGCGGGUAUGGAAGGGAUCAGUAUGUGUAUUAUGCACAGAGGGGAGAGAAGAAGUUCUUAGGGGGCACGUUUGAGGUGGAAUCAUACCAGGAAUUAGAGAAGUGAGUGGCUUGCCUGUCCUUGUUUCCUAUGGCUCAUAUAAAGAUUUGCUAAUCGUGUAGAGCGGCGCACCUUCCUGGUGCUGGGGAAAUUCAAGACUUGUCAGAGGCACCCGGGGGAGGGCAUCUGCUGACUCUAACUGAUCCGGAGGGAUUCCCUGUGAACCUGAUCUGUGGUCAAGAGCUCCGCGAGGCUGGUGAAUACCCGACGAGCAUUAUCGUGAAUACGGAGUCUGAGAAACCACGGAUUCGGAAAUUCCAGCGAUUCAAUCCGGGUCCAGCGGCCGUUCAUAAG